GCCGUAUGCGGAACCGUGUGAUCAAUCCCACUAAAAAACACAAGUCAAGAGCUACAGAUGUAAAGCAUAAGAAGUGACAACCUCCAUUAGUUUCUUUCCUCAUUGCUUUCAAUUAUCAUCAUGGAACAGGAAAACCAAAUCCUUUACUUCCCUGCCCUUUUCACCUUCUUACUCUUUCUCUUCUUUCUACUGAGAGUCUGGAAGAAAUUCAAAACCAACAACUCAACACCAAAUCUACCACCAGGACCAUGGAAGCUACCUCUAAUAGGGAGCAUGCAUCAUUUAGUUGGGUCCCUACCCCAUCACCGCCUAAGAGACUUGGCCAAAAAAUAUGGACCUCUCAUGCACCUUCAGCUCGGUGAAGUUUCUAAUAUCGUGGUUUCUUCCCCUGAAAUUGCUAAGGAGAUUAUGAAAACUAAUGAUGUCAUAUUUGCACAAAGGCCCUUUCUACUUGCGGCAAGUAUUGUGGCUUAUGACCUUUCAGACAUUGCAUUUGCGCCUUAUGGAGACUACUGGAGACAACUGCGAAAAAUUUGUACCUUGGAGCUGCUAACCGCAAAACGUGUGAAGUCAUUUAGGCCAGUUAGGGAAGAUGAAGUAUCAAAACUCAUUAGAUCCAUAUAUUCUAGUGCAGGGUCACCGAUCAACUUUAGCAGGAUGUUCAAUUCUUUGACCUAUAGCAUCACUUCAACAGCAGCCUUUGGUAAGAUAUGGAAGGGAGAAGAAAUAUUCAUACCAAAUGUCAAGAAUUUGAUAAAAGCAUCUGGAGGUUUUAGUCUUGCCGAUUUAUACCCUUCCAUCAAAUUGCUUCAUCUCAUUAGUACAACGAGGCCUAAACUACUGAGGCUUCAUCAAGAAGUAGAUAAGAUAUUCCAAAAUAUUAUCAACGAACAUAGAGCUAGAAAGGCAGCUGGGAAAUCUGGGGCUGAGAGUGAAGAAGAAGAUUUUGUAGAUGUCCUUCUGAAUUUCCAGGAUCAAGGAGACCUUCAAUUUCCUUUGACAGACGACAAAAUAAAAGCAGUCAUUGUGGACAUGUUUGUCGCUGGUACUGAAACAUCAUCGACAACCGUAGUAUGGGCGAUGUCAGAGAUGCUAAAAAAUCCAAGAGUGAUGGAAAAGGCACAAGCAGAGGUGAGACACGUUUUCAGUAAAAAAGGAUAUGUAGAUGAAGAAAGUGUUGGAGAAUUAAAUUACUUGAACUCAGUUAUUAAAGAAACUCUGAGAUUACACCCUCCCCUUCCUUUGCUACUUCCAAGAGAAUGUAGGGAGAACUGUGUGAUUAAUGGUUAUGACAUUCCUGUCAAAUCCAAGAUUAUUGUGAACGUAGGGACGAUUGGAAGAGAUCCCAAUUAUUGGAUUGAAGCAGAGAGAUUCUUUCCAGAAAGAUUUCUUGAUAGUUCAAUUGAUUAUAAGGGGACUAAUUUUGAAUUUACCCCUUUCGGUGCUGGAAGGAGGAUGUGUCCAGGAAUAUUGUUUGGCAUAGUUAAUGUCGAGUUUCCUCUUGCACAAUUACUAUACUAUUUUGAUUGGAAACUCCCUAAUGGACUGCACCCAGAAAAUCUUGACAUGAUAGAAAAUUUCGGUUCUGUAGUCACAAGGAAAAACGACCUUCACCUAAUUCCCAUUCCACACUUUCCUCCACAUAAGGCUGGAAUGAGCCAAGCCAUUCGUGUGUCACAUGAGACCUAGCCAGAAAGAAACUCGAUCAUACUCCUUCAAUAUCUUAAUAAACGAGCUGAGCUCAAAGCUUGAAUUAGAGGCUUAAAUUAUAAACAACCCAAGCGCGAGAUCAGCAGAACUUGGAUCGGCUUCUUUAUAGCACUACGUCCGCCAGUCAAGUAGAACAUCAAGGAACAUUGACCAGCGUCACCUUCUAUAUUAUUUUUACAAUGUGUUAGAUAGAAUUAACCAUGGCCAUGUAGUUUUUUGAAUAUUUCAUAUCUUAUUAUGGUACAAAGUUGAUUAGUUUUUAUACCAUUGUUAUGAGCA